UUUCCUCAAAAAUAUCCACAACAAAAAUGGCGAGGAUUUUGUAUUUAAUGGGUUUAUUUUGACACUUUAUAAACGACACAAUUUCACCGUAUUCCUAUUUACAGUUGCAUUUACAAAUACCCAAACCGCUUCCUUGGAAAUAUUUGUCACCACAUGUAUAAUCGGACACAAUAGUGAUACAGAACUCGAAAAAGGUCCUCCGACUGUCGGCAGGUCUUGUUCGGAGAGGAAACGAUAAUAGGAGAAUACAUUUGAAGCAUUAUAAAUCCCCCUUUUUGCCCCAUCGGAGUAAGUAGAGAUCAGAGAAUAAAUCGAGAACUGUUCAAAGUCCUACAACCUGUUGAAAGGAGGGUUGGAUCGAAGUUCAGUUUAGCACGGGUUACCGGGUUAACCUUUCCCUCACAUGAUGAAAUAAUGCCUUGUCACCUAUACACAGUUCUUACUGUUACAUCCACCAAGGGGUCACAGCCGUUCAACGCGGGUAAGUUGUAAGAACCCAGAAACAUUUGAGCGGAUGAUCUUAUUUUACUGAAAGGACGAGAGCGAGGGGAAUGACUGAGAAUCCGGAUUACAUCUAAUGAAGUGAUUUGAAUCAUGGAUCCCGCAACGAAGCAGAAAGUGAUUUACAUCACCUACCUCAUCGCAGCUCUGGACAUCACUUGGCUCUUCCUGCAGUUCUCCAUAACGCCGUAUUUGGCGAGAAGACUCGGGUUCGACACUAUUUGGUUCGGGUAUCUGCAGACCACUGUUGGAGUGAUUCAGCUGCUUGGAGGCCCUAUUUAUGGAAGGUUUGCAGAUGUGUUCGGAGCACGUGCAGCUCUCUCUACAUCCUGCUUGGCAUCAAUGGUUUAUUUCAUACUAUUGACAAUGGCAGACAGCACUUUUAUGCUUUUUAUACACAAGCUACCUGCUGUGUUCAUGCAUGUACUACCAGGAGCUCAAAUGGUAGUAGCAGAUUUGUCAGAGAGUAAAAAUCGAGCAGAUGCUCUUGGGAAACUCGGCCUCUGUUUUGGCAUUGGAAUGAUUGCAGGAUCAUCUUUAGGUGGGACCCUCAGCACACGCUUCGGGGAAAAGUUUGCAGCAUCUUUUGCAGCUGUGGGAAGCUUUGUUUCUUUGCUGUUGGUGUGGAACUUCAUCCCUAAACAGACCAAAAUACACACUACGCGGGAGAGCGACAAGAAGGGGUCGUCUAAAUCCGUGUUUAAUCUGGGGGAGAUCACCAGAUUGAUGAAGUUUCCAGGUGUUUCCAAGACUUUUACAGUGAAGAUUAUCGCUGGAUUACCAUCAGGUAUAUUUCAAGUUAUGUUCUCCAUCAUUGCCAUGAACUUCUUCCAACUUCAGGCAGAGCAGAAUGGCUAUCUUAUGGCCUACUUUGGCAUAGUGCAAAUGGUGAUCCAAGGGGCUGUAAUCGGACGUCUAACAGCUAGAUUUUCAGAGUUUUCUUUACUGCUGCUUUCUGUUGGGAUCUCCAGUCUAGUUGGCCUUGGACUGGCUAUGAUGAAUAAUGUGUUUCAGUUUUGUUUCAUCGUGAUACCGAUGAUGUUUUCUCUCAGUGUCUUCAAUGUCAUCACAGAUAGCAUGUUGACCAAGAGUGUCUCUCCAUCUGACACAGGAACGAUGUUGGGUCUAUGUGCAUCAGCGCAAUCUCUUUUGAGAACGGUGGGCCCAACCAUUGGAGGAUUUCUCUAUGAGACGUAUGGUGUGCCAUCCUUUGGAUACAUCAAGUUUGUCACCAAUGCUGUUGUUUUUUGCUUUCUGCUUUCCACUGGAGGGCGCCCACAGCCGUAUAGACCAUGAAAAUGUAACAAAUAAUAAAGGGUGGUUUGAGUGCAGUGUGCACACAUUUUCUGAGAGAUGGCAUUUAUCAACACACCAUGGGCAUUUAAUGUACCUCCUUACACACUGGAGAAGAGUUUAAUCACAAAUAGCCCCACAAACCUCAGUUUUGCAAAUACCAUAGACCUUUCAAAUAUCUUAUGUUACUGUCUGAUUGUUCUUCUUUAUAUAAUAUGUGAGUUACACAACAUGUUGAUCUAUUUUUUCCCCACUUCAGCUAAUAAUUUUUUUAAUUGUUUUUAAAUUCUUAUCUGAAGAGCAGCUUGCAGGUAAAGGUGUUCAAAUGUAAAUCAGUACAAAGCAAUGAAGUAUGGUAUAUCUGUGUGAUAUAGUCUUGUUUAACCAACCCAGAAUCAUGGAGUAAUAGAUGCAUCACAUGAAAGGACAAAAAUGUGCCCUUGAAUUACAAUCCAUUAUCAUUAAAACAUUGUAUUUGAAAUGUUUUGAAUAAAUGUGCAAUAAAAUCCAAUUUGAUUUUUUUUUUCAGUCCAUUGCUAGAUAUACACUCAUGUUAAACUGCAGUGCAACUCCUCCUAACUUCUGCAAAAUCUCCCAAACCUAUUGAGAUUAAAUUUGCUCAUUUUAUUUUACAGCACCAGAUUUAAUACUGAAGAGCACCCCAUUUCAGAUCUGUCAACACUUGUAUAUAUGUGCCAACACACCAUUAGCACAUUACAAUAUAUUCUGGACUUUUGACAGUAUAUCACUAUACAGUAGCCACAUACAACUACUGAAUUCCAAUAUAGUGUAUGAACAUAUGGUGCCAUUAAA